UAUAACAUUUAUUCCGAAUAAAUAUAAGUAAAGCGAUGAUAAAUUAUCGUCUGCUAUCGAUCAGACGUCCGAUAGAGUGCGUUAGUUUCUACGGUGUUUAAUAUGAGGGUCAAAGUGUUGACGUGUUGAAAUAUCUGUUGACGAUAAGUCUCAUCAUUCGAGGAAUUUCUCAGAUAUUUAUUGCUUUUUUUAAGAGUUUAGGACAUUAAAUUUUUAUUAACUGUUUAUAAGUAAUCUAUAGGAGGAAGCAUUAGCAGACUUUCUUGUAUAAAUCUAUUUAAGAUGGAUCUGAGAGAUUUCAUCAAUUCUAACAUCAAUUACCUUGAUGAGAACAGAAAUAAUUCAGUAAAAUCUUGUAAUGGUUGUUUAAUUGAAGAAAAUCAUCUUGGUUCCAGCUUGCAGUCUACAUUGGGUGAUGUUAAUGAUGUAUCUUACUUAUUGAAAGCUCUAAGUUCAUCUUACAAGAGAUUGUUUCAAAUGGAUGAAGAUGACUUUCAAGAUAAGAGGAAGUUUGAGAUAAAGCUGAAAACUAUCCAGAAAUGUUUUGAAUAUUUAAUAGAACAAAAUGAGUUGCUAGUAACUACAAUAUUGGAAUUAGAGAAAGAAGCAAGUAAAAGAGUUGUUCAGAUGGAAAAUCGUUUACAUAAAAGUGCAAAAUCAACUAUGGAGACUGUAAUUCAUAUUCGGGAAUGUGAAGAAGAAAUGAGAAGAUUGGUGGCCGAAAGACUUCAUGUUGAAUCUGUUUUUGAGGUAAAUCUUGAUGAUUUGCAGCACCAAUUCACCUCAUUAAAAAUUGAAAAUGGUUACCUCAGAGAACAGAAUGCAAAUUUACAUCAUGAUAUUAAUGGUUUAUUACAUAUUAUUCAACAAGCCAGAUCUACAGGGAAUUGGGAGUUGGAUAGCAUGACUUUUUGUGAAGUUACUCCAGAACAAGUAUUUGGUCCUAUUUAUUCAGUAUCUGAAAGAACUUCUCUGGAAUCAUUAAAUUUAAAUCAAAGCAUUGCAGAUGAUAACAGAAAUUGUAUUCCUUCUGAGGUUCAAAUGGAUAAUUCUCCCUAUCAUACUGCUGAUAGUCCAGUAAUUACACAUAAGAGAAGUUUUCAAAACAACUAUCAACAGUCGGAAGAAACAGAGCAAAACAAGAUAGAAAGGUCUCCAAUUCAGAAAAGCAUCCAGACAGAUUUGCAUUUUAAUCCAAGAGCAAAUACAGACAAAUGGAAAAUGAAGGAAUCAUUUAGCUCUUUGAAAGAAUCGUUAGAUGAUAUUAGAAAAAUAAAAAGAACAAAGAGCGAAUCGUUCCUGGCCUGUCUGAGAAUGAAGCCGAGAGAGCGUCACUGGUCUAAUUAUGCAACUAUUUUUACAAGAAGUCUUCCUAUCGAUGUUGAUUGUAAAAAUUUGUCCUUGGUCAUUUGUGAUAAGUCUUGUUUUGUGUCCAAUGAAAAAAAUAUAAUUGUGCAAAACAAUAACAAUUUUACAGAAAGAAAUAGAAGAAAGGAAAAUGAAAACUGUUCUAUCGUCAGUCAUAAUUGUGAAAAAGUGAAGAAUGUGCCGGUUUGUCAUAAUCGCUUAUGUGAGAUCAAUAGCAGUUUGUGUGAUGAGAAAUUAUUAGAUGAAGUAUUGUUAGGAAUCAAAAAGAACACUGUUAUGAUACAAACAGAGGACCAUUGUGGAAUUCAUCAAUCUGUACAGACUCCAUGGGAAAAUUCUCGAUGCUCUUCCACUAUUUCCACUCAAACUGAAGCAUGCGAGUUAAAGUUAUUGGAAGAAAAAUUAGAAGAUAUGUAUAAAAAUGAAAAAAUACUACAAAAUCAGAAACGUCACUUAAUGGUGCAAUUAGAUGAACAAGGUGAAGAAUUAUUGAAAACUCGAGAUGACUUGCAGAAUACUAGGAAAAAAUUGAAAAUUUAUGAAAAAGAAAUAGAACAGCUGAACGUCACUAUACAAACAUUACAGUCUGCUAUAGUCCAAUCGAGAAGGUCUCUUGACGAAGCUAGAAAAAUGAACGAGAAUGCCAAUCAUUCAAAUCAGAAUUCUUUUGGGCGUAAGUCAAUCGGUAGUUUAAUAAUGGACGUGUGAUUAUAUAUGUUGGAAUUUAGAUUCUAGUAGCAAUACAGACCAAAGCAAUACUUUAAUAUAAGUUUCUAUAUUGCCAGGAGAAAGGUAAAUACAGAAAGUUGAGUUUUAAAGUACAAAAAUUCUGUACAGUUUUAAAGUUACUUUGUGCAGUGUUGAACAGCUUGAAAGUAGAACAGUAAUUAUAUAAAUUAACUCAUUAUUCAAAUUCCGAAACGUGUAACUGGCAAUAUGUGCAUUCUAAUAUGUUUACUCAGUUCUUAAUGCAUAAAAUUAUUUUAGCACGCUGUAAGCGUGCACUAAUGUUGUUGCCACAGAAUAGGUAAAACUAAUUUGCUCAGUUUUUGUAAUUUUUUUAUAUCUAUAAGAAUUAUUUAUUAUAUUUAAGAUCGAGUUUGUAAUUGUGUUGCCACAAAACAUAAUUUAUAUUCCGUUAAACCAUUGUAAUCUGUUCCGUAAUCAUUGUUAUAAUCUCAGGGAUUAUCAUAUCAGCUUUUUAAAGGCAUUCUCUUAUGAUUACAAGUUACAAUUGCCGAGGAAAGAACGUAACGAGUCAAAACUAUUUAAUUUCAGAUCGUGAUUGAUUUCAUCUCGAGAAAUGAAUUAAUAUAUAAAUCUAUGCAUGUAUAUAUAUAAAUAUAUAAAAAUUGUAAUUGGUUAUAUAAUAAUGUAUAUGGAUAAGGGAAGUUUGUACAUAAAUGAUGUAUUACAUAAAUUUUAUACACGUCAAACUGUACGAGGAAUGCGGAAUGUGUUUUGUAUAUUUGAUAUAGUUUGCUUUUUUUCUGUUAAAAUGAAUUACAAGCAGCCCGAUCAGUCAAAAUAAUGUUUCUAUAGCUGCAUAAAUGCAAAUGUUGCAACUACAAACUCAAUUUUUACAGAAGGAAUAUUACGGCAGUGUUGUUUCCAGAAAAUUUUCAGUUUAUUAUGCAAAAAUUUUAUUAAAUUGCCAAAAUUUACUUCUUUUUUAUAGUUUUUUUACUUUAAAUUUAUUUGUAUAUUACUUGCAACUCGAAAUUUGAAAUAUAUAUUUGAUGAUUUUUAAGUGGCGUUAGGCCAAAUUUUAUUAAAGUUGUAAUUUGGUUGAACUCGAGACAUUUAUAUUGUUUUUUUGGCUCAUUUUUAAUGUUUUUUAAGUGCAAGUUGAUGUUAGAAAGCUUACUAGGAUAGUUUAAUUGCAAUGUAAUUUUUUAUACAUAUUUGCAUAUACAGUAUUUAAAUUUUAGUAUUAUAUGCUUGUAUCUAUACGAGGCUUUAAUUUUGAAAAUUUUGUUAUAGUAAAAUAUCAUUUGUUUGGAUUAUUGUUUAAAAUUAGAAAAUUGUUAUCUCAAUGUUAUAUUUUUUUUUGUUUUUUUUUAUUAGUUCUGCUCCAGCAGUUAAAAAUGAUUGGAAAGUAUAAUAGAUUAUGAAUAAAAUAAAAGUUUUUGCAUCCACUUAAACUUUUCUAAGCAACAAUACAAUCAAAUGCAACUAUUACCUGGGACAAAUGUAACAAAGGUAUUAACUUUUUUUGUAUACAGGUUUUAAUUUAAUUUAUAUCAAAACGGAUGAUUUGAUAAUUGUUUAUAUUGGAAAAAAUACCCAAACCAUCUGCUGUUUUUAACAGUAGUUUUUGAAAAGCUAAUCGAAGCGAAUCUAGACCACACCUCAUACUUUAGCAUUCCCAUAGUUAAAGAUCAAGUUGUAACCUUAGGCAAUUUAAACUUUAGAACUAUAGUUUUAGGAAUUGUAAAAGUUCCGUUUAUUGUAAUACAGUCGAGAGCAAAAAUAAAAUUGGUAAAUUCA